AUGUUUCCGAUGGUCAUCAUGGUCCACGCGGUCCAUUUGAUGUCUGAGGCCUUCAUGUGCAUGAGUAUGGAAAUGAAAAUCAUGAAUUAUACUUGCAAAGUUUCUUUGCAUACAGGUGAAAUCGACUUGCAAACAUCAGCGCCACUUUCUCGAUUUCCAAAAGGACAAUCACAGAUAGAACUCAGAUUCGGUGUUCAGGUCGCGGACAGUAGAACUUGGACUGCCUUUUAUGUGAACGGCGGAUUCGCGUGCAGUUGGUUGGGCGGUUUCCUUGUGUUCAAUGAGUCCCGUUUCUGCGGUAAGUCUAUUGAGCUUGCAGUCGGGUGA